UUGGCUGGUUCCUUUACCAAUACAGUCCAUUUUUUUGCUUCUCUAGGCGCUCUUUCUUUCUCUGUCUUUAUACACUCAGAACGACAGCACGUUGAAUUUAAAGGGUAUCGAAUUUUUUGUUCUGGUUUAGAGAGGGUGAAAGAGAAAGAAAGAUAGAGCAUUUGACUGAUAUUCUCUUCUCUUCUUCAAGCAAUGGAGACCCCAGAAACACAGCAACAGUACAUCAACGACUUGUCAAUUUCUAGAAUCAGAGAGAAACAAAGAAAGGAAUUAGAGAAUCUAACACUAGCAACACAGCCUAUAAAGACCCUGACAUAUUUUGUAUUGGCUAUAGUUCAAUGUCUCCAGAGAUUGUUUGCAAAAAGUGGUUGGCUUUUGCUUCUGAUAAGUGCCUUUAUAGGAAGUAUUGGGAUUCUUGUCAUCACCACUGGUAGCCCUUAUCAAGAUCAUGUCCAAGAAGUUGUUAAUUAUCUUCGAUUUGGACUCUGGUGGUUGGCACUUGGUGUAGCAUCAUCAAUUGGUCUAGGAUCUGGUCUGCAUACAUUUGUUUUGUAUUUAGGCCCGCAUGUUGCUCUAUUUACAAUUAAAGCUGUACAAUGUGGUCGAGUUGAUAUAAAAAGUGCAGUAUAUGAUACGAUUCAACUAUACAGUGGUCCUUCAUGGCUGGACAGAAACUGCACUGCAUUUGGACCUCCAAUGUAUUCAUCAUUAGAAGGCUCGAGAAUUCCACUGACCAGCAUUUUGCCCCAGAUUCAACUUGAGGCUGUUUUGUGGGGGAUUGGAACUGCACUUGGGGAGCUUCCUCCAUAUUUCAUAUCAAGAGCUGCUAGCAUCUCAGGUAGCAAGCGGGAAGUCAUGAAAGAAUUUGAGUCUUUUUCACCAGAAGAUCAUAACACAGUCAUGGCCACUCACAUAAAUCAGAUUAAAAACUGGCUCCUUUCACAUUCACAGUAUCUGAACUUCUUCUCAAUUUUAGUCCUUGCUUCGGUGCCAAAUCCUCUUUUUGACCUUGCUGGUAUCAUGUGUGGGCAAUUUGGAGUUCCAUUUUGGAAGUUCUUCCUCGCAACAUUGAUAGGAAAGGCAAUCAUCAAAACACACAUUCAGACAGCUUUCAUCAUCUCAGUAUGCAACCAUCAACUCCUUGACUUAAUAGAAAAUGAGCUGAUUCGAUUGCUCAGCUUUGUUCCUGGACUUGCCACGGUCCUGCCAAAACUUAUUGCAAAACUACAAAUUAUUAGAAGCAAGUAUAUGGCACCAACACCUCCAGUCUCAAACGUUGAGGUGAAGAAAUGGGACUUCUCAUUUGCUUCAAUAUGGAACACUGUCAUAUGGCUCAUGCUCAUCAGCUUCUUCUUCAAGAUUGUGACGGAGACUGCCCAGAGCUUUCUUAAGGAACGGCAUGAAAAAGAGCUGACAUUGUCCAAAUCCUCUUCUGCAUCAGGCCCUUCCUCAUCCAAGAACACUUGAGCGUCUGAGCCAGCUCCCAGAGGCUUAUCUUUACUUAUUCAACAGCAUAUAUUUCUCUUUUCAUGUGGUCAUUUUAACUGUGGUGGCAGAAAAUUUUAUACCUGUCACUAGCAUACAAAACACGAUAGAAGGAAACAUAAGGGGCACACUAGGUUUGUCAGGGCGCCAUUGCCUAUAGUGUCUUUCAAUUACUCGGUGAAACACUAAACUUGAGAGAAGACUAUUACUUCUAGAAAAUAUCUAAGAAAUUCCAGGGGUCUUGUUUUAAAAA